AUGUUUCCACCAAAUCCGUACAACCAACAUCGUCAACCCAAGGAAUAUUGGUUACAUGAACAGUACUGUGUUUUUUUUUUGGAAAUUUUUUUUUGCUGAAAAAAAAUCAAAAAUUUUUUUUUUUCAGAAUGAAGUAUGAUCCAACUCUAGCAAGUCGAUUAGAAAACGCCUCUCAGUCCACCGAUUCAGUGAGUUUGGGCCUGAAAAUAUAGGCUAACUCAAACUCAAAAAAUCAAUUUUUUUCAGUGACGAUUCAAGCCGGCCUACUAGUCCAAAUUAUUCUAACAAUCUGUGAGUUACUGACUAUUUUUAGGCUUUAAAAAAAAUCAAUAAUUUUUUCAGAUAUCAAAGCCCGACACCUGAGCCCAUGGGCGACUGUAGAUCUCCAAGUCCAGUUCGAAGAGGACCGUAAGUUUUGAAAAUAGUAUUUCGGGCUUUCAAGAAACUUUUUUUCAGACGCACUCCUCCAGAGCCAGAUGAUGAUGAGUAAGUUUUUUUGCAGAUAGAAUUUCUCUGAAGCUUUCUAGAGCCUUCUGAAAAUUUCUAGAGCCUUCUGAAGCUUUCAAAAUACAUUGGGUGUCUUCUGAAGUCUUUGGAAGCCUUCUGAAGCCUUCUAGAGCCUUCUGAAGUUUUCUGAAUUCUUCUGAAGCCUCCUGAAGCCUUCUUAAGCCUUCUGAAACCUUCUAAAGCUUUAAAAUUCUUCCUGAUGUCUUCUGAAGCCUUCUGAAGCCUUCUGAAGCCUUCUGAAGCCUUCUUGAGCCUUCUGAGGCCCUUCAUAAAUCUUAAUUUCAGACCGACUUCUUCCAAUGCAGUUCUCAGGGAAUCGUGAGUUUCAGAAUUUUUUUUCUCAAAUUCUGAAAAUCAUUUUUUGCAGAAGUAGUUCGAAGCGGUAUUCUUAUGACCUUUUUUUGAAUUUACAACACCUUUGGGUAUAUACGCAGUACGUUUUUCUACAACAAAUCGAUAAUUUUGAAAUUAUUGAUUUUUUAGAGUUGAUCGAUUGAUUUUUGGAGUGAAUCAUGAUUUAUAUUCGCCUAGAAGUCCAAAUUCAGAAAUUAAAACAGAAAGGUGAGCUUUAGAAAUUUUUUGAGCUUGAAUCAGGCUCAAAAACUCCGCGAAUUUAUUUUCAAAAUCUGAAAAUCAAUUUUUUCAGCAAUGGUCCGAAGAAGUAUCUUUAUACCCUAUUUUUAAAUGCAGAAGAACUUGAUCAAUAUCGGCGGUAAGUUUCCGCGUCCGCGGAUACUAUGACGUCAUGAUGAUUUUUCAGAGCUCUUCCCUGGAUUAGAGGAGUGAAUGAUUCUUUAUUUGAGCCUAGAAGUCCGGAUGAUGAAGUCAAAAUCGAAAUCGAAGAAAAACAGUGAGUUUCAGAGAUUUUUUCAAGUCUUCUACAUAGUUUUUCAGCCUGAAAAUCCCCAAAAAAUAUUUUUUUUUCAGAGAAGAGCAAAUGGCUGAAGAACACAAGUACACUCCGGCUAGCCCAAAACGCAAAGGACCGUGAGUUUCAGAAAUUAUUUUUUCAAAAUCUGAAAAUCACUUUUUUCAGACAUACUCCUACGGAAGCGUAUCCUUUUGAUGAUGAUCAGUGAGUUUGUUAGAGAGUGCAGAGAGUGCAGAGAGCGCAGAGUUUUUAGGCUUUUUAGGAUUUUAAGAAAAUCAUUUUUUCCAGACCACCGACCCCGCAACAUUACUAUGGAAAUCAGUGAGUUUCUCAGAAAAUCUGGAUUUUUUGAGCCUAAACAAGCCUGAAUUUCUAGACCUGAUAUUCAAAAAAAUCUAGGCUUAUUUAGGCUUCAAAAAUCCAGAUUUUUUCCAGCUACUAUGACAAUUGGAAAAUGAAUACAUGGUGUCCACAGUCCACCAGUGAACAGUAUACCGUGGAAUAUUAUCUGUGAGUUUAGAGAGUUAGAGAGUUAGAGAGCUAGAGAGAUUUAUUGAUUUUUUUGCAGCCAAUAUUUCCGUCAAAUGUACAAUCAACAACCAGAAAGUUUUCCGUAAGUUUAUUGAUUUUUUUUUCAGAAAGCAAAAAAGAAAAUCGCAAAAUUUUCAGACAAACUUCAACUGCUGUUCAAAAUGAUACUGAGGGAGUUUAUGUUUUUGGCAAUAACUACAAAGGACCGUGAGUUUCAAAAAUUUAUUUUCAGGAUUUUUCAAAAAUCUUAAAUUUUUCAGACAUACGCCAAGUCCGAUUCCAGAAAGUUCCUCUCAAAAUCCAGAGGAACUUGAGAGCGGUGAAAUUCCAUCUUCUUCAAGUGGGAGGUAAGUCUCUGAAGUUUUCUGAAGCCUUUUGGGGACUUCUGAAGUUUUCUGAAGCCUUCUGAAGUUUCAGAAGAAUUCUGGAAGCUUCAGAAGGCUUCAGAAAACUUCAGAAGUCCCCAAAAGGCUUCAGAAAACUUCAGAAGCUUCCAGAAUUCUUCUGAAACUAUAUGAACUCUUCUGAAGCCUUCUGAAGCGUCUUGAAGCUUCCAGAAUUCUUCUAAAGCUCCCUGAAUCCUUCUGAAGCCUUCUGAAGCUUCUAAAACUCUUCAGAAGCUUCCUAAAGCCUUCUGAAGCUUCCAGAAUUUUUCUGAAGCCUUCCAAAUUUUUUUGAAGCCUCCAAAAGCCUUCUGAAGUUUUCUAGAGCUUCCUAAAGCCUUCUGAAGCCUUAAAAAUUCUUCUGAAGCUUUCUGAAAUUUCCUGAAGCGUUCUGAUGCUUUCUGAAGCUUCUAAAACUUUUCUGAAACUUCCUGAAACCUUCUUAAGCUCCUUGAGGCCUUCUAAAGCCCCCAAAGCCUUCUGAAAUUAAAAUUUUCAAAUUUCAGUCAACAUCAUCAAGACUCAACUUCCCGUGUUCCUUAUCAGAUGCAGUAAGUUGCAAAAUUCUGAAAACAUCUAAAAAAUUUCAAUUUUUCAGAGGAACCUUGGCUGAUCUUAAAAUGUUGCAAUUAACCGAGGAAACAUAUGUUUUCGGUGAUCAAUACGGGUAAUUUUUGGUCCCAAUUAUUGUGGCCUGAAACUACCGUAUCUAAAAUUUUCAGACAACAUCGAGAUGAUCAAUCAGAUGUUUCUGAAGAAUCCACAAGAUCCAGUUACAAAUUGCCGAAACAAUAUCGCAAGAAAGCUUCGUAAGCUUCUUUAACUCUCUGCGUCUCUAACUAUCUCGUGUAUUUUUUCAGAUCAAAGAAAUCUAAAUCUAAAGGACAUCGAAGAUCAUCAGAAAGAUCGAAUGAAAAACGGUAGGAGGAAUUCAGAUUGAUGUGAGAAGUUAUCGAUUUUUCUAGGAUCCCAAGAAGACAUCGUUCAAGAAGUGCUGAAAUUCGACGCAGACGAGAAAGUCCAAGACGCCGUGAAACUUUGAGAAGAAAUGAAAGUUCGAGACACAGAAGAGAUUCUGGAGAAGUUCCAAGAACUUCUAAAAAUGACUCUAGAACUCGUAGAGAUGAUUCUCGAGGUGGACAACAUCGGAGAAGAGUUGAACCUUCAAGACAUUCUGGAGAGACUUCUAGACCUUCUGGACAAACUUCUAGACAUUCUGGACAAACUUCGAGACCUUCUGGACAAACUUCGAGACAUUCUGGACAAACUUCGAGACCUUCUGGAGAGACUUCUAGACAUUCUGGACAAACAUCAAGACAUUCUGGACAAAGUUCACGGCAUUCUGGACAAACAUCGAGACAUACUGGACAAACAUCAAGACAUUCCGGUGGAAAUUCAAGACAUUCCGGUGGAACAUCAAGACAUUCAGGCGGAACUUCAAGACAUUCUGGAGAAGCUCACAGAAAUUCCAGAGAUGAUUACAGAAGACGUGGUGCAGUUUCAGAUAGACAUUCCAGAGAUGAAUCGCGAAUCGCGCGAAAUGAUGUGAGACAUGGCAGGCCUUAUGAAGUUCAUGCUCGUGAUACACGGUGAGUUGAAGCUCCCGGAGCAUUUUUGGAAUCUUCUGAUGCCUUCUGAAGCUUCUGAGGCCUUUUCAAGCCUUCUGAAGUCUUCUGAAACCUUCUGAAGCCUUUUAAAUCUCAUUUUUAGACAUAAUCAUCAUCACGACCGACGCCGUUCUCCACCAAAUUACCGUAUCAGAAACGAGCAGAGAUAUUCACGGUGAGUUGAUUUUUUCAGUCAUAAUGUUAGCUGAAAAUCUGAAAUUCUAAAAAUUUUCAGUGAGGAUUCAAGAGAAAUGAGAGAUGGCAGAUAUUCACCAAGAUAUGACAGACGUGAUAGACCGUAUCGUCAUCAUUUUCCACGGUAAGUUACAGUAACUUUUGGCGCGAAAAUCUGAAAGAGUUACAGUAAAUCUGGAAGACAACAAUACAAUCGUGACCUCGCUCUACUUGCUCCUGGAUCAAUUGCUCAGCCACCAGGUCACAGGUGAGAUGCUGAAGCCUUCUGAAGCCCCCAGAAGCCCCAAGAAGCCCCAAAAAUCUAUAAUUUUUUCAGAUAUCCAAGAUUUGACCCAGCUUUGGAAGCUGGUUGGAUAAGAGCAUUGAAGAUUUAUAUGAAAGAACUAGGAUGCCAAAAUUUUUCUUUUUAA